GGAGAGAGUUUGAUCUGAUUUGUUGAUCGUCUUCUCCGUUAUGUCUAGUCCGAGAAGUAAUAAGCCGAAGAUCGUCAACGGUCCUGGUGGUUAUAUGCUACAAGACGUUCCUCAUCUCAUUGAUUAUCUUCCUGAUCUUCCUACUUAUCCGAAUCCAUUGCAAGACAAUCCAGCUUACUCAGUGGUUAAGCAAUACUUUGUUGAUGCAGAUGAUAGUGUCCCUGAGAAGGUUGUGGUUCACAAGGAUGGUCCUAGAGGAAUCCAUUUCAGGCGCGCUGGUCCACGUCAAAAGGUUUACUUUGAGUCUGAUGAAGUGCAUGCUUGCAUAGUUACAUGUGGAGGUCUCUGUCCUGGUCUCAAUACCGUGAUUAGAGAAAUUGUGAGCAGCUUAUCAUACAUGUAUGGAGUGAAGAGAAUUCUUGGAAUCGAUGGUGGAUAUAGAGGAUUCUACGCCAAGAACACUAUCCCCUUAAACUCUAAAGUCGUGAAUGAUAUCCAUAAACGCGGAGGAACAAUCCUCGGGACCUCAAGAGGUGGACACGAUACCACGAAGAUAGUUGAUAGUAUUCAAGAUCGAGGAAUUAAUCAGGUUUACAUUAUUGGAGGAGAUGGAACCCAGAGAGGUGCUUCAGUAAUAUUUGAGGAAAUUAGAAGACGUGGACUUAAAGUUGCUGUGGUUGGAAUUCCGAAAACUAUUGAUAAUGAUAUUCCGGUAAUAGACAAAUCUUUUGGGUUUGACACUGCUGUGGAGGAAGCUCAACGAGCAAUUAACGCAGCACAUGUCGAAGCUGAGAGUAAUGAGAAUGGUAUCGGCUUUGUCAAGCUUAUGGGUCGUUACAGCGGGUUCAUAGCGAUGUAUGCUACAUUAGCCAGCAGAGAUGUUGACUGUUGCUUGAUUCCUGAGUCACCAUUUUACCUCGAAGGAGAAGGUGGACUCUUUGAGUUCAUAGAGAGACGGCUCAAGGAAAAUGGUCACAUGGUGAUUGUUCUUGCUGAAGGUGCAGGACAGGAUUUGAUGUGCAAAAGCAUGGACUCUACUCUUAAGGAUGCUUCUGGGAACAAACUUCUUAAAGAUGUCGGCUUGUGGCUAUCACAAAGCAUCAAGGAUUAUUUUAAUAAGAAUAAGAUGGUGAUGAAUCUCAAAUACAUUGAUCCUACAUACAUGAUCCGGGCUGUUCCAAGUAAUGCAUCAGACAAUGUUUACUGUACACUUCUUGCUCAGAGCGCGGUUCAUGGUGCAAUGGCUGGUUACACUGGCUACACCAGUGGUCUUGUCAAUGGAAGACAAACAUACAUCCCUUACUACAGGAUAACAGAGACACAGAACAAUGUAGUAAUUACAGAUAGAAUGUGGGCGAGGUUAUUGUCUUCUACGAACCAGCCUAGUUUCUUGGGGCCUAAGGAUAUAUCUGAAGAGAAGAAAGAGUUGCCAGAAACACCGCUUCUUGACGACGGAGCUGUCGAUAUUCCUCCUGUGACUAAAGAAGUCACCAAGUGAAGAAGUUGCAGAGCAUAAUGGCAAAUAUAUUUACUCAGGCGUUUCUGAAAACGAUGCCGUUUUAGGCGAAAGUGAAAUAAUUGUUAACGAUUUUG